AUGCUGGUCGUAGGACUCACGGGCGGCAUCGCCUCUGGCAAAUCGACCGCCUCCUACCUCAUCUCAUCUCAUCCGGCCAAGAUCCCAAUUAUUGAUCUGGACGUGCUGGCGCGCGAAGUGGUGGCACCGGGACAACCUGCGCUCACCGCUCUUCGCAACACCUUCGGACCCAGCGUCAUCAACUCCGCCGACGGAAUGCUCGAUCGAGCCGAACUGGGACGACUUGCAUUCGCGACACCCGACAAGACAAAGCUGCUCAACAAGAUCACCCACGGAGCGAUUCGACGUCGAAUGGUCAAAAAGCUGCUCCUGUACUGGGUGACGGGUCACAAGGUGGUGGUUGUGGAUACGCCACUGCUGGUGGAAGCCGGGUUGUGGAAGCUUUGCGGAGAGUUGGUGUUGGUGUAUUGCAGGAAGGAGGAUCAGUUGAAGAGGAUGUUGAAGAGGGAUGGCGAGAGUAAAGGUUUGAGCGAGGAGGACGCGAGGCAACGCUUGAAGGCGCAGUUGGACCUGGAUGACAAGCUGGUGUAUGCCGAUGCGGUGCUGGACAACUCGUCCAAUCUCGACGAUAGAACGGAGGGUGUCGAGGCUCCGGAGUGGACAAAGAGGCUGGAUAGGGAAACGUCGUUAGCGUUGAGGUCGCAGGUGGACAGGUUGGUCGAGAGGUGGCUGGACGGAUACAGUGGCGCCGGGGGCGGGCUGCGAUGGCUGGUGCAGUGGCUGCUUCCGCCAGUCGGAUUGGCGAUGGGCAUGUGGAGGGCGUGGUGUAGAACAGCGGCGGUCAAGGCGAGGUUGAAGUCCGGAGAGAAGGUAUCGUUGCCAAGCAGCAAGUUGUAG